AUGAAGUCCUUCGUUCUGGCAGCUGCCGCUAUCCCAGCCGUGCUUGCUUCUUGCAGCAGCGCUGCCGCCGUCUCCAGCAGGCCUACCGGUGCCUCGUCUGGUGCUGCUGCCGCCACAACAGCCGCCCCUACUGCGACAAAUGCUACUGUGACCGGCAAUGGUGGGACAACAUGUACAGUCACUGCCGCCGCCGGUGUCGCCUCGGCGGUCGCUUCGUGCUCCAACAUCCUCCUGGACAGCCUGUCCAUGCCGGCCUCCUCAACUUUGGACCUCCAGAAGCUACAGCCAAGUGCUUCCGUCACCUUCAGCGGAACCACGUCUUUUGGAUACACGGCAGAUGAAGACUUCGACCCCAUCGUCGUGUCAGGCGACCAUAUCACCCUAACCGGUGCCCCAGGCCACGUUAUCGACGGGAACGGGCAGGCCUACUGGGACGGCCAGGGCAGCAACGGAGGCACCAAGAAGCCGGACCACUUCUUUGUCGUCAAGAAGACCACCUACGCAACCAUCUCUGGCCUUAACAUCCAGAACUGGCCGACUCACUGCUUCUACAUGACGGGCAACGAGCACCUGACGGCCCAGAACAUCCUCCUCAACAACACGGCCGGAGACGCGCCCAACUCGGCAUCCGGCUCCAAGGCCGCGGCGCACAACUCGGACGGCUUCGACAUCGGCGCCUCGGACUACGUCACCCUGUCCGACAUCCAGGUGUACAACCAGGACGACUGCGUGGCCGUGACCUCGGGCACGCAGAUCACCGUGUCCCGGCUCUUCUGCUCGGGCGGGCACGGCCUGUCGAUCGGUUCCAUCGGCGGCAAGUCCAACAACACGGUGGACACGGUGCUGUUCGAGGACUCGGAGCUGGUCAACAGCCAGAACGGGGUGCGCAUCAAGUCCAACAGCGGCACCACGGGCUCCGUCGCCAACGUCACCUACCGCAACAUCAAGAUGUCGGGCAUCUCCGACUACGGCCUCGACGUCCAGCAGGACUACCUCAACGGCGGCCCAACCGGCGAGCCCACCAACGGCGUCAACAUCUCUUCCAUCACCUUUGAGAACGUCACGGGCACCGUCGAGUCGGACGCCUACAACUACUACGUCCUCUGCGGUGAUGGCUCCUGCAGCGACUUCACCUUCACGGAUGUCGACAUCACCGGCGGCAAGGAGAGCUGCAACUUCCCUACCAGCACCUGCCUUGCUUCGGCAUAG